GCCGAGUGUUGAUCGCCUGAUGCAUCGUUGCUGAUUGUAUUUCGAGUGCAGGUGGCUCGUUAUGUGGUGUCACGGCGUUCGUUUCUAUCAGCGGAUCGCAAGUGUAACCAAAAUGGGACAGAUGAGUAAACAGUUUUGCGUGGCAGUAGCAGACAAAACGUGCCGUGAUAUAUUGCAUCCAGAUCAAACCUGUAACGCCGCCUGGUGCACUUUUUUUGUGGAGGGUGUACUAGGAGGAAUACGUCACUACCUACCAGCAGUAGUAACCCCGAUGCUGUUCCGCAUACGGCAGUGGAAUGAUCCGGAAGUGUGGAAGAACUUUUUCUGGCAGUACGCGCGAUGCAUCUUGGCCGGUUUACCAAUGACAGGUGGCAGCUUCUUAGCGUUCUGUCUAUUCUACAAGUGUAUGGGUCGAUUUCCUGCGGCCUGGUUUGUGCUGAUACCUUCAUUAGCGGGUGGUUUGACAGCUCAAUAUCUACCACGUCAUAUCGUUCGUGCUCAAGGCAUCGGUUUAUUCAAUAUGUACAUUGAAUUUCUUAUAAGACGUGCGCGCAGUCCUGUAGUUGCUUACCUACGGUCCUCCCGAACGUACGCAACCACCAUUUUCGCCGCGCUCAGUGCAGGCAUCAUGGCGGCACGGCAAUGUUUGCAGCUGGAUCGGUUUUGGUUCGCCUGUACCUACCCGGACGAUAACUGCAACGAGCAGCAUAUUGCGCCGCAAGGGAAAAAUAAUUUUCCGCCCACCAACUGUCGGCAGCACAUCAUCACGGCCAUGAUGCGUUCGGUGUACAUUGGUUUGGCAAUCAGUUUUUUGAAGAACUUUCUUCCCCGCAUGCCCAUGCUGCUCGCCAAUCCGCUUGAGCUUGGAAGCCUUUUGCUAACACGGUUCGAUAUGGGUUUGUUUAGGUUUAUAACGUGCUACAAAACCAUUUACGAAGUUGUCAACUGUUGGCUAGCAACGCAACAACCGUCGUUGCGUCCUUCACCAAUCGUUCGCAGCUCGAUUGGAGGCCUAUUCGCCGGUUUGUCUUACUAUUGCUUUCCGAACUAUUUGCUGUUUACUUUCUCUAUCACGGAACUAGUGGAGUUGUGUUGGAUGGUCUACAUGCGCUCGGGUCGCUUCGCGAAGUGUAGCGUCGUCCGUUGGUUUGACAGGGAGAUGCCUGUUGCAAUACUACUGUACACUGCAAGCCUGGGUUUGCUGUGCCAUUUGCGCAUCGUUUACCCAUUCCAUAUAAAUCGCUACUGGCACAAACUGAUGGCUAAUGGGACUUGGGGUCGUUCCGAUAAGUUGGCCUACAAUUACGCUAGAAUCCUUCUCGCAAGUGGCAAGUGACAUGAAAGAGAUUAACUCGCCCUUCUAGUAGAAAAAAAAAAACAUAUUAGCCAUGUAAUAUAGGUUUACGUCCAAAUAUUUUAAAUCAAUAUUUUAUCGCAUUUAAUGCGUUAACAAGCCGAAACACUAUUUGGCCCACCCCACCGUUUUGUGUCCGAAAACUAUAACUUUGGACACGAAACUCAUCACAUUUAUUACACAUUCGCCACCCACAAAUAAUCGAAUAUCGUAUUUGCCGGUUUUCUUUUUAGAGCGGUUUAUUUUGUCCCACAAAUUGGGGCUCACGGGAAAUGGUCGUAUUUUUAUGUGAAUUUUAUGAUUAUGCAUAAAUUCAAGUUUUACAUUGUCAGUUCCAUUACAUAAAUAAAAUAGCACAGAAACAUGUUUCACGGGCAAUAAAACAUCUCAUGCAACGGCAAAGCAUAGGAAUUGUGAUGAAUAAAAACAAAUAAACAAUAUCUUAA